AUUGAAAGCAAACCGUGGAGACUCCACGCGAGGCGAGAGCGCUGGCAGGAUGCCUCGGGCUGGCGCCCCGGCUCCCAGCCGCUGCCAGUGAAGGAGCGAAGCUUCCUGCGGCCGCGAUGUUCAGCUGGCACAAGAGCUUCACCCUGGGAGCUCCCUGGAGAAAAGCAGGCAAGAUGAACCCACCAUCCAAGGGCAAGGUAGUGCUGACCAACAUGAAGAUACUGAGCAACGAAGGGAGUCAAACCCAGGGGCUGACACGAGAGCCACCUGCAGCCAUGGACUUUGCAGCGGAAUCCAGGCUUCCCAAAGUCGACAUCCUAUUAGAAUGCCAGGGAAAUCUGGGCACAAGUGACACCUCUGCAAAACCAGAAUAUGUGGCCACCCUGUCUGACCUCAGCACCUUAGAGUCUAAGUGCCAGCUUCACAGAUUCUCCAAAUUUGAAUCAGAGGAUUCUGGGGUUGAAUUGCCAAGUGGAGCUAAUUCUCCGUCUACACCAACGGGCUCUGAGAAGAGCUUUGUGCUUCACACCAGAGACUCAUCUUGCGACUCCGGAGUGCUUAGCACCUCUUCUUCUCCAGGAACUGACCAUGUCACAAUGAGAAAGUGUAAAGACAUCAGAGAAGCCAGCCAGUGUGCUUCAGAGAGUGAAAAGCAAGUUGAAUAUUACAGCCAGGCAGCAGACGUGGUGCAGAUCCCUACAGCUUCCCUGGAAGUUUUCAGGGACUGUCAGGAGGGAGAAAGUCCUAAUAAACUUUUUGGCCAAAGUGAAGGACAAUAUUUGGAAGAGAAACCCAGGAAAGAGAUAGACCUUUCCAUUAAAGUCACUCCUCCAGCUGCUGCCCCCAUAGAAAAGCAAAGGCCAACUACCAACCAUUACAAAGAGACCUUUGGGAGCAUGCAAGAUCUUCAGCUCCAUGGACAUCAGCUCAAAAAAUAUCCCACAAGCGACAGCCUGGAUGAGUACAUGGAUGAGUGCUGUCGAUUAAGUGAGGUGAACCAAGGGAACACCAAGGCUCUCAGCUCUGGCCUUGGGUAUCUGGAACACAUCUGUCAGCUGAUAGAGAAGAUCGGGCAGCUGCAGGAACACAAUCUGCGACUCCAAAAGCAAGUGUGUGGUUUGCAGAAGGAGCGGAAGAUGAGCCAGAUAAAGGAGGAGUAUUUUCUGCAGCACUGUUCCUGUGGAGCUGCCAGCAUCUUGCUCAACUCGUACCAGGAGGUGAAGAAAUUUUUUACUGGGAGGAGCAGACCGCACAGUCUCUUGAUUCAGAGUGGAAACCAGUCCGACCUUUCAAUCAUCCCAGAAAGAGGAAGUGACACACACCUGGAAUCAGGAGAUAGACAGCUGGUGCUGGGGCUCAGGAAGACCUGGCAUAAAAGGAGCAAUGAGGAGAAUGACCUCAGAGAUGCCUAUAAUCUGACUGAUGGCCAAGCUUUCCUGCUAAAGGACCCAACGACGAAAAAGGGGGCUGACCUCGGUAAGAGUAUCCCCGGUGAAAGCCACGCUUGGGGCAGAAUGAAGGAUCUCAUGAAGAAGACCAGGCUGAGAAACCAAAGCAAGUUGGGGCUGUCAUCGGCAGCUCUGAAGAGGUCCUGUCCACAACUCUACAGGCCAGAUGUUAUGACUUCGGAUCAGAAGAAGACGGAGAGGAACUCCAUGAUUGUUCUGGGACAAAGCACAAAGAAUGAAAAAAUCUGGUCUUUCUGAGCAUCUGAAUCCAAUGGACCAAGAGAUAAAUAAGCUGGGGCGCUCCUGGUCAUGAAAUUGAAAACCAUGAGGCUACAUUGUGCAUACUACGCUCUACAGCAGGAUCAACAUCAAGGCAGUGGGGAGGGAGGAGAGGUAAAAGAAAGAUUUGCUGAAGGGUGGGGUGCUCACCUGUACUAGAGUUUACUUUUGACAUGAAUGUAAAAGUGAACUUAAAAUACUGCUAUAUACCAGGAAUAUAGUUACCAUCUCAGCAAUAAUAACCAAGCAGGUUUGAUACAAUUUCAUAAACAAGCUACCUUAAGCCCUCCUGCUUAUGAAGUAUUAUUGAUCUCCCGGGCUUUAUUCAGCAGAAAUAGGCUAGACCCUAAUGGAACACCAGUGCCUUAAUGAAAAACAAAGACUGGAAGACUACAUGUAGUAGACAUUGCUGGGUGUGGGCAGCAGUGCAAGACUCAAGGGAUUUUUGAUAUCUCCACUUGUGGGUAUUACAAACAAGUCUGCACAUUUUGAAGAUGUCUCCACCCACCAGUGCCUGGCUGGGGAGUUUUACUGAGCUCCCAUGCAAUGGCCAAGUCAUGGAAUAUCAGGGUUUGAAGGGACCUCAGGAGGUCAUCUAGUCCAACCCCCUGCUCAAAGCAGGACCAAUCCCCAAUUUUUGGCUCAGAUCCCUAAAUAGCCCCCUCAAGGAGGGAACUCACAACCCUGGGUUUAGCAGGCCAAUGCUCAAACCACUGAGCUAUCCCUCCCCCCUGCCAAUCAAAGCCACCUGCCAAGAUUUUCUAAAGCUGGAUUUGUAAGUGCAUGGUUAGGUCCCAGCCUUGUGUGGUUGUCCCCCUUUGCCCAUCUGUAGCUUCACUGACCUCAGUGGGUCCCCAUGCAGACAGAGGGUUAUAGCCAUGCAGAGAUUAUUGCAGGAUACUGGGGCCUUCAGCUGUUCAGCACCUAAUAAGUGGCCUGAUUUUUAAAAGUGCUGAGUGAGCUGCCCACCCAGGUCCUUGGUUUCACCGGGCACUCAGGACUUUGGAAGCCAGGCCACUUUAUUAGGAGCAAAACGCAGGCUCCUGUUUUUAAAGUUUAUGGCAACGUUGGGUGAAGGCUCCUGUUCUGCUGUUUGGCUGCCUGUCCGUCACCAUGUGCCAUAGGAUUUAAGAGGAAAAAAAGCCAGAUGAACUUAAACCUAUGGCUGUGGAUCAAGUGCUGGAUUGGGGCUCCCUCUGCUGGGAAAGUUAAAAUAAUAGGGAGAUUGGGGAUGGAAAGGAAAGUUUUAAGUCUCUAUUACAAGCCAGGGUAGUUCUUUUUCCAGCUCAGGUCUAUAGGCCUGCCCUCUGUUAUCUACUAGAUAGCUUUAAAGCUAUGCCCAGCUGUUUGGAGGCUGCACUGUUGCCACUCAUCCAUUGCCCAUCUUUAACAGAUUCAGAGGACACAGACCAUGGUUAAAAAGGUCCCACUGAAGCCAUGACUACAGCAGCAUCUCUGUGCAUGUGCCAUAAGCCCACUUCUUCUUCUUCUUCUUUUUUUUUUUUUGCUACAAGCUCAGAAUCCAAGGACUCACCCACAUGGAGUGAAAACUAGCCUUUGCCUAUUGGGGGAAGGGAAUUCUGUCUGUUAAAUUGGAAUGAGACAGCUGAGCUGUUUAGCUAACAAAGUCCACAGACUCAAGUUACUGCUGACUAAAGCCUUAACUUCACAUAUAUCCGGAACCCUAGGACACUCUCAGAAACUAACAGGCAAACUUCAAAAGAUUCAGAGUUUGAAUAACUCUCCAAAACCUUAAGUGAAUUUCCUCUGCUCAUCUGGGCUAUCAGGAACCUAUUGGUUCUACAGAACCGGGUUAGAACUCUCUGGAGGACAGGAUCUCUCAGGAUACCGCCAGUAUUGCUGCCCAAGUGCAGAGCCAAAAGUGUAAAUAAAGUAGGCUAGCCAAGCUAGAGCUGGACCCAAACUGCAAAAGUCAGAGCAGGAUCCAGACUUGGGGAGGAAGAGGAUGUUAAAUCCAGGCAGCUUUAGAACCCUGUAACAAAAUUCAGAUCUGGAUCCAAACUUACUCCACAUUUUUGGCUGGUUUUGGCCCAUUUCUAAUACAAACACUUGAGAAUAUUUUAUAAAGAAUUUUGUUCUCAUGACAGACAAUGACCUGAGAUGAAACAGCUGUUAUUUAUCAGAACCUCUUUGGACAUACAGGCCAAAAAUACCAAGAAUGUUCUCUAAUUUGGGGGGGUGCGAGGAGAGGAGCAUCUUGAGACACCUUCAAAGGUGCUGAGCACCUACAACUCCAAAGGAACUCAUAUGAAGCUAUGGGAAGCUCAGUACCUCUGAAAAUUGGGCCCAAACUGUCUCAGAUUGAGCAUCCAAAAAUGAAAGCACCCCAAAAAAGGUGCUCUGAUAGAUCUUUCAGCAACAAACUCGGCUGCCACUCUGGUUUUCAGUUAAGUCAGUGUAUGUCCUGCCAGCUUUAUCCAGAGCUGGGGAGGUUUUAUCUUGAUUAUUCUGUGAAUAAUCAUUGUGUCUUCAUUAAUGCAGUGGGCCAAAUCCUACAUUAAUUUACAGCCUCUGUAAUCUCAUUGACUCCAGGCAGAAUUGGGCCAUACGUGUUAUGAUAAACAGUAUCAUGAACUGGUAUUUUUACACUUAAAUAACUUUAUGUAUAGUUUUUAUAAAAUGAAUUAUCACUCUUUUGUUAUGAUGUUAUAUGAAAUAUAUUCCUACAUUUUCAGCAAUAAAUAUAUUUAUUCCCUGCAACAUACUGUGUAUUUCCCCAUCCUAGGAUGCAAACGUAAGGAGCUUAAUAAAAGCAUCACUAUUAUGGAAUACAUUUGAUCAUAGCAUUUUUAAGAGAGACAAAUAGGAACAGGGUGAAAGGGUUGGGAAGCUGAAGGAUACAUUUUCUAAUUCUGAACCUCAUCUGAGACACCCACCUUGGACAUGCUUUUCAAAAAUAUGAAACAUCCAUAGUUCCAAUGGGAAUGAUGGAUGCAGCUGCACAUUUCUGAAAACAAGGCUCAAGACAUCUUACAGGGGAACCCAGAAAUGCAGACGCUCAAAAUUAAAAGCUACUUUUGAAAGUUUUGAUGCUAUUGCUCAGCUACGGAACAGCCUUUUACAGCAAGAGAUGAGACAAGAACCAAUAGUCUCAUUUUCUGUUGACUGAUGUCACAAUACCCUUUCUGAGUUAUAAAAAAAGGAGGACUUGUGGCACCUUAGAGACUAACAAAUUUAUUUGAGCAUAAGCUUUCGUGGGCUACAGCUCACUUCAACCCAUGUUGAUACAUGGGUUACAUGAAGGCCGCUUCCCUCAUCCACCAAUACACCUUCUCCACUUUUACCCAUUCACCCUCAUCCACCCAUCCAGCCAUAUUUCCAUUUAUCCCUUCACCACCAGUUCAUGAAAAUGCUUCAUUAUAACCAAGCCACAAGUCACUCCUGAUUGUCAGGGGGACAAAUUUCUCAGAUAUUCAUCAUUGGAAAUUAUUUAGCCAUCUCUCCUGACAAUACAGACAUGAUAGAUUCGUGAAAAUUCUUCAUUAAAAACAAAAAAGAAAUCCCUGCUGAUCCUUCAGGGCAGCAAAGUUCUAAGAGAACUCAUUGUAAAGCAAUUAGGAAUCUCUCCUGACAAUUCAGAUGAUGUCUGUCGUGAAAGCUCUUCAUUGCAACCAAGCAAUCUUUCGCUGGUGAUCACCCAUUUGAAAUGCUCUCAAUCUUUAUUGCAAAGCAUUAAGAUGCUCUCCUGAUAUUUCAGUGGAUAUUGGUUCAUGAAAGUUCUUCAUUGCAACUAAGCAACCAUUGAGGGCCAAAAAGUCCUCAGCGAACCUACAUUGCAAAUCAGUUAGGAAUCUCUCCUGACUAUUCAGGGGUGAUCUCUCUUCAAAAUUCUUUACUUCAACCAAGCACUACUGAUAGUUUAGGAUGACAAAGUUGCUGGAAAAUCUGAGUAUGAGGGUAAGGGUCGGGGAUUGCGGA